AGGAUGUGGUACGAGAUCCUGCCCGCCUUGACUGUCAUGUAUGUGUGUUUGACAAUCCCUGGGCUCUCCACCACCUGGAUCCAGAGAUACACGAAUGGGGGAAAGGAGAAGAGGUUUGCUCGGAACACCUAUCAGUGGCACCUGAUGGAAAGGGACAGGCGUGUUUCCCAAACCAAUUGCUACUAUGAAUCAAAGGGCUUGGAGAACAUUGACUAAACCCACGGCAUGAUAAACCCUACCAGAACCAGCCUAAUAUCAAUAAACACGUAUUUGACAAAGUGUACCUCAUAUUGAGUAUAAACU